AUGGUCCCCAACCAGGACCAAUUGACGGAUAUUAUAUGUUCCUACCUUCCCAUAUUUGCUGAGUGUGUGGAAGGUAGGACAUUGUUACAAGCUUGCUUACGUAUGCCACCAAAUCUCCGUCAACAAUUUGCUCAAAUUGUACAUGAAUUUAAAGCUUUUAACAACGGAUACGAUGGAGAUGAAGUUGCAGAUGAAUUUGGGGAAGCAAAAACAUUUUUCCCCUCAUAUAAUACGCCUGCAACAGUAUUUCCUACUAAUGAAUUUCACAACUAUUGUGUCGUUCAUUUAAUUGUUGUGGAUAUGCCCACAGGCGAAGACAUUCUCAGUGGUGACUUCAUCGAAGUCUGUAUCAAUACAGAAUUGGGAGAAGAUGAGUUGCAUAAAUUCUCCUACGUCGAACAUAUAUUCAAACCAGCACACCAACUCUUUAUCGAAACUGAAAUAACACUCACACAAAAUAUGUCCAUCUCAUUUAAAUCCAAAUCAGGACGUCCAUACAGAAUUUGGAUGAACUACGUCCUCUUCCACGACGCCGACGAUGACGAAGAAGAGGAAGAAGAGGAGGAGGAAGAAGAAGAAGAAGACGAUAUCCAGUUCAUUUCCAUCCGUAAAAAACAUUAA